AUGGCACAUUACGGGCAGCACGACGCGGUGUUCUGCGGAAGCCACCUGGCCAGCAAAGCUGAAAACGUCUGCCGCCUGCAGCCCCCACCCCUCAUCAUCAUCACCUGUUCCUCCCGUCACCUUCUAGUACCCGAGGGCACGUGGCGGCUCCUGUCACUCACGUCUCCACCCUGUUUCGACAUUCUUAUGAACGGGCCGCCGGGCGCCCACGCCCGCGGUCAGUGUGAGGCUCUAGCGCGCCGCAGGCCGCAGGCACAGCCACGUCCGGGCAAGGCAAGCCCAGCUGACCUCCACGACCGAGGGGCCAGACCCCCUCACACUCGGACAGAAGCAGCGCCCUCGCGGCGGCCUCCACGGGCCGCCGACGCCCGGGCGGGGCCCGCCAGACCCAUCUCCCCAGCGCCCGCACCUGGGCCCGGCUCGGCCGCCUCCGGCCUGGACAGGGCCCCCGCCCCGCCCCCUGGCCCUCGGCCCCGCGCCGCCGCAGGCCCGGAGCUCCGCGCCUCACCUCGCUCUCGCGCCGGCAGCUGCCCCGGUCUCAUCUCCCUCGCAGGGCGGUCUGCAGCUCGCUCUCCUCGGGACUCCCAGGCAGAGUCGCCCUCCGAGCGCCCCAAGAGGAGGAAGAAGAGGUACCUGCGGCAUGACAAGCCCCCCUACACCUACUUGGCCAUGAUCGCCUUGGUUAUCCAGGCCGCACCCGCCCGCCGGCUGAAGCUGGCCCAGAUCAUCCACCAAGUGCAGGCCGUGUUCCCCUUCUUCAGGGAUGACUACGAGGGCUGGAAGGACUCCAUCCGCCACAACCUUUCCUCCAACCCGUGCUUCCGCAAGGUGCCCAAGGACCCUGCGAAGCCCCAGGCCAAGGGCAACUUCUGGGCAGUCGACGUGAGCCUGAUCCCGGCCGACGCCUUACGGCUGCAGAACACGGCCCUGUGCCGGCGCUGGCAGAACAGGGGUGCGCACAGAGCCUUCGCCAAGGACCUGGGCCCCUAUGUGCUUCAUGGCCGGCCCUACCGGCCACCCAGCCUGCCACCAGCGGCCAGCGAAGGCUUCAGCAUCAAGUCCCUGCUGGGGAACCCCGGGGAGGGACCACCCUGCCCGCAGCAGCCCAGAAGGGCCGGACAGGGCAGCCCAACCCCGGCAGGCUCGAGGGGCAGUGAGGGGGAGGCAGUGCACACCCCACCCCUGCCCUCCUCUGAGAGGCCCCUGUGGCCCCACCAGCCCCUCCCCAAGCCCACAAGAGUGGAGGGGGUGGUCUCCCAGGGCACAGACAUCCGCCCCUCUCCCCUCACUACCCCAGAGCCCAGGCCCUGGCCAGUCCACUUACUGCCAGGAACCCCAGAUCCCACGGGGCUGCCCACGGGGGGACACAGGGCCUCACUGUGGGGGCAGCUGCCCACCUCCUACCUGCCCAUUUACACUCCCAACGUGGUCAUGCCCUUGGCCUCACUGCCACCCACCUCCUGUCCCCAGUGCCCACCCUCGACCAGCCCAGCUUACUGGGGUGUGGCCCCUGAAUCCCAGGGGCCCCCAGGGCUGCUCUGGGACCUGGACGCUCUCUUCCAGGGGGUACCGCCCAACAAGAGCAUCUACGACGUGUGGGUCAGCCACCCUCGGGACCUGGCUGGUGCCGCCCCAGGCUGGCUUCUAUCCUGGUACAGCUUGUGA